AUGGAUCAUCAUGACCAUGGGAGAAGAGGAGGUCACCGACACUACGAUGACGAUGAAGAGGCCCCACCGGUCUACAUCGGCGUUCCAGCUUCUCACAGACGUAAAAGGCGCAGGCAUCACUCCUACGCCAGCGACGCCGAGCGUGAAUCGAGGCGCUCGCACUAUGAUCACCACGCACACCACGAACACUCACACCGGGGGUAUUACCACGACAGAGAGGAGCACUAUGACGACGACGAAGGCAACACAGAGCAUCAAGAACCAGCCGAUCUUACAGUGUCUCCUGCAGCAGAGCGGCUGCGUCACAUACUGGGGGAGGAUGACAGCACCCCAACACCCACACUGUUCACUGAGAUGGACACACUACAGCAUGAGGGGGAUGAAUUAGAGUGGAAAGAGUCUGCGAGGUGGGUGAAGUUUGAGGAGAAGGUGGAGGAGGGAGGAGAACGAUGGAGCAAGCCUCACGUGUCCACGCUGACCCUCCACAGUCUGUUUGAGCUCAGGACUUGUCUGCAGACUGGGAGCAUCCUGCUGGACCUGGAGGGCUACUCACUGCCACAGAUAGUGGAGGACAUCGUGGAUCGGCAGAUAGCGGACGGUCUCGUCUCUCCGGAUCUGAAGGAGAAGAUCAUCUUUGUUCUGCUCAGGAAGCAUCGUCACCAGACCAAGAAACCGAUCCACCGCUCGCUGGCAGACAUCGGGAAGUCCUCCAACACGGCUGCCAACCGUAGUCCUCAGACUAAUCUGAGUCGUAGUACUAGUUCAGCUUCUGGGAUCCACCACUCCACAGAAGACCUCCGCACUCGGCAGUCAAGCAGCCUUGGCCGACUGCAUCCUUCCCAGAGCCGAAGCAUGAAUGACAUUUCAGACACGCCGAGCACAGAUCAGCUGAAGAAUAAAUUCAUGAAGAAGAUUCCUCGCGAUGCCGAAGCGUCCAAUGUCCUGAUUGGUGAGGUGGAUUUUCUGGAAAAACCCUUCGUCUCCUUCGUACGUUUGGCUCAAGCCACAACUCUGGGAGGCCUCACCGAGGUCCCUGUACCGACCAGGUUCCUCUUCAUCUUGCUGGGUCCUCAAGGCAAAACCAAGUCCUACAAUGAGAUCGGCAGAGCUAUCGCUACGCUCAUGGUGGAUGAUCUGUUCAGUGAUGUUGCGUAUAAAGCCAGGGACCGUGACGACCUGAUCGCAGGUGUUGAUGAGUUUCUGGACGAGGUGAUCGUCCUCCCUCCGGGGGAAUGGGACCCCAAAAUACGCAUCGAACCUCCGAAGAAGGUUCCAUCAGCAGACAUGAGGAAGUCAGUGCUGAACCUGAACGAGCUGGGACAGAUGAACGGCUCGGCCGGCGGGGCAGCUGGAGGAGAAGACAACGAGCUUCCGGUUCCACAUGAGAUUGGAGAAGAGCUGAAAUUCACUGGGAGAUUUUGUGGUGGAUUAUGGCUGGACAUCAAAAGGAAGAUGCCGUUUUAUUGUAGUGAUAUCUACGAUGGCUUCCAUAUCCAGACCAUCUCUGCUGUGCUCUUCAUCUACCUGGGCUGCAUCACCAACGCCAUCACCUUUGGAGGACUUCUGGGCGAUGCUACCGACAAUUACCAGGGUGUGAUGGAGAGCUUCCUUGGCACGGCUUUAGCAGGGACUGUCUUUUGUGUGUUUGGCGGCCAACCUCUCAUCAUCCUCAGCUCUACUGGACCCAUCCUCAUCUUUGAGAAACUGCUUUUUGAAUUCAGCAAGAAUAACGAUAUAGACUACAUGGAGUUGCGUCUGUGGAUCGGCAUUCACUCGUGUCUCCAGUGUUUCCUGCUGGUGGUGACGGACGCCAGCUACAUCAUCCAGUACAUGACACGCUUCACUGAGGAGGGAUUCUCCAGCCUCAUCUCCUUCAUAUUCAUCUCUGACGCCAUUAAGAAGAUGGUUGGAUCCUUUAAGUAUUACCCAAUCAACCGCGGCUUCAAGCCUGAUUACAUCACGUCCUACCGGUGUGAAUGCCUCGCUCCAGACCAGGCAUCUGCGCUGGGCUUGAAUGUUUCAGCUCCGCUCUCAGAUGAUAACAUGACUCUGAUGUUUAACAUGACAGACCUGGACUGGAGUCAGCUGAGUAAGAAAGAGUGUGUGAAGUAUGGCGGCACGCUGGUGGGGAACUCCUGUAAGUAUGUUCCCGACUUGGCCCUCAUGUCCUUCAUCCUCUUCUUCGGUACCUACUCCAUGACCGUCUCGCUCAAGAAGUUCAAGUCCAGCCGCUACUUCCCAACAACGCUGAGGAAGCUAAUCAGUGAUUUUGCCAUCUUCAUGUCAAUCAUGUCCUUUGUGGGUCUGGAUAUGUUGAUCGGGUUAGACACACCCAAACUAAUCGUUCCAACUGAGAUCAAGCCCACACGUCCUGACCGUGGCUGGAUAAUUAUGCCGUUUGGUAAGAACCCCUGGUGGUGGUACGUGGCCAGCUUCGUUCCCGCUCUCCUGGUCACCAUCCUCAUCUUCAUGGACCAGCAGAUCAGCGCCGUCAUCGUCAACCGCAAGGAAAACAAGCUGAAGAAAGGUUGCGGCUACCACUUGGACCUGUUCUGGGUGGGAGUCCUGAUGGCCGUGUGCUCUUUCAUGGGUUUACCUUGGUACGUAGCAGCUACCGUCAUCUCCAUCGCCCACAUCGACUCUCUGAAGAUGGAAAGUGAAUCCAGCGCUCCCGGAGAGCAGCCCCAGUUCCUCGGAGUCAGGGAGCAGAGGUUGACCGGCAUUUUGGUGUUCGUUCUGACUGGAGUCUCAGUCUUCCUCGCUCCUGUUCUCCAGUACAUCCCGAUGCCGGUCCUCUAUGGAGUGUUUCUCUACAUGGGCGUGGCCUCACUAAGCGGCAUCCAGUUCUGGGAGCGUAUCAAGCUGUGUCUGAUGCCGGCCAAACACCAGCCAGACUUCUCCUUCCUGCGUCACGUUCCUCUGAGGCGCGUCCAUCUCUUCACGCUGGUCCAGAUCCUCUGUCUCGCCGUCCUCUGGAUCCUGAAGUCAACCUUCCUGGCCAUCAUCUUCCCAGUAAUGAUUUUGGGUUUGAUGGUCGUCCGGAAACUGCUCGAUCUGAUGUUCUCACAACACGACCUGGCCUGGCUGGACGACAUCCUGCCAGACAAAGACAAGAAGAAGAAGGAGGACGAGAAAAGGAAGAAGAAAGAGAAGAGGGUGGUCGAGCCAGAGAGCGACGAGGAGGAGCUGAACCCCUACUCAACAGUCACGUCCGAUCAAAAUGAACUAGACCGCAGCAUCACUCUGCACCUGAAGAUCUCCUGCCCCCCCUCACCCGCCCACUCCCAGACGAGCCUCGCCCCAGGGGACGCUCCGUCACACCUACGCCUGUCGUCGUCGUCGUUGCCGCUCCGCCCGCCCGUGCCCCAGGUCCACAUCCAGGUGGAGUCAGACUGUGAGGGGUCUGGCGUCUACUCCACGCGACGCUACCUGUACCCCCCCAGCGACCCCCCCAGCGACCCGCCGCCUCCUUUUGAAACACACAGAGACUUUCACAGGAAACUGCUGCAUGCUCGCUUUAGUGACUCCUGUGCUGAGACCGUCCUGUAG